ACGUGGAAUGCUCGAACGAAGAAGUUUCGUAUGAUUGUAUAGCAGGAUUUGGUAGCUAAAAUGUUAGAUUUUGUAGUGAUAUUCACGAAAGGCGGCGUGGUACUUUGGAACUCGCAAACCUCUGGAAUCAACUUCUCGUCAUGCAUAAACAGCCUAAUACGUGGCGUGAUAUUGGAGGACCGGAAUACAGAGUCCAAAUACUUUGAGGAGGACCACCUGGCGGUGCAGUUUAAGCUGGACAAUGAGCUGGAUCUGGUGUACGCGGCUGUCUUCCAGAAGGUUAUUAAGCUCAAUUACUUGGACGCCUUUCUGGCCGACAUGCAGUUCGCCUUUAAGGAAAAGUUCGGCAGUAUACCGGCCCUGGAGCGCCUAGGCAGUGAAUACGAUUUCGAUGGCGAAUUCCGCAGCGUGCUCUCUGCGGCCGAAGAAGCAUCCUCGAAACAGGUCAAGGCCCCCAAGGCCAUGCGCUCUUACAAUGAGUCGCAGAAAUCGAAGAAAACCGUCGCAUCCAUGAUUCAGGAUGACAAAAAGCCCGUCGAGAAACGUGUCAAUAUACAGGAGAGUCCGACGCAGCCCAAAUCGCAGCCCUCAUCACCGCCACUCACAAAACAGGACAUUAUACAGGAAAACCGUCGAAAGUUGCGCGAGAAGCUUACGCCCACCAAGAAGGCGGCCGAUACCAAGUCUGCUGCCAAGCAGGGUGCCUCAGAGAAAACCGGAAAGAAGCCCAGAGUAUGGGACCUUGGCGGCAACUCGAAAGAUGCCGUCCUUCUCGAUCGCUCCAAGGAUUCCCCCGAGGAUGUUCAGUACCAGAGUAUCAGCAACGAGCUGGUGGGCACCAUGCAGGGCGUCAUCCCUGACCUGGAUGUGGAGAGCGAGGAUGAUGUGGACAGUGGGGAGGCGUCUAGCGAGGAAGACAAUGUGAGCAGCCAAUCACCUGCACUGAAGAAGAACAAGCGCGGAGGCGGUUUGGUGUCCUAUUUUAGGGGAAUUGUUGGGGGCAAGAUCAUGUCGAUGGCCGACCUGCAACCGGCGCUGGAGAAGAUGCGCGAUCAUUUGAUAUCGAAAAAUGUUGCCUCGGAGAUAGCGGUCAAGCUGUGCGACUCGGUGGCCACCAGCCUCGAGGGCAAGCAGGUGGGAACCUUCGACAGCGUUGCCAGCUUGGUGAAGGAGGCACUGACUCAGUCGCUGGUCCGCAUUCUGUCGCCCAAGCGGCGCAUCGACAUCAUACGCGAUGCCCUGGAGUCCAAGCGCAGCGGCAAACCGUACACGAUCAUCUUCUGCGGGGUGAACGGUGUGGGCAAGUCGACGAAUCUAGCCAAGAUCUGCUUCUGGCUGAUCGAGAACGACUUUAACGUGCUGAUUGCGGCCUGCGACACCUUCCGCGCCGGAGCCGUCGAGCAACUGCGCACCCACACACGCCAUCUGAAUGCCCUGCAUCCGCCGGCCAACCACAACAACCGCACCAUGGUCCAGCUCUACGAGAAGGGCUACGGCAAGGACGCCGCCGGCAUUGCUAUGGAGGCGAUCAAGUUUGCGCACGAGACAAAGGUGGACGUUGUCUUGGUGGACACCGCUGGCCGCAUGCAGGACAACGAGCCACUCAUGCGCUCCCUCUCCAAGCUGAUCAAGGUGAACAAUCCCGAUCUGGUGCUCUUCGUGGGCGAGGCUCUCGUCGGUAACGAAGCUGUCGAUCAGCUGGUCAAGUUCAACCAGUCCCUCGCCGACUACUCCUCCAACGAAAAUCCACACAUCAUCGACGGCAUUGUCCUCACCAAAUUCGACACCAUCGACGACAAAGUGGGCGCCGCCAUCUCCAUGACCUACAUUACUGGCCAGCCCAUCGUCUUUGUGGGCACGGGCCAGACUUAUGCGGACCUCAAAGCCAUCAAUGUGAAUGCCGUCGUCAACUCGCUUAUGAAGUAAUGAAUGAACGAAUGAAGCCGCAUCGCAUCCAUAUCCAUGUGAAGCAAUCUAGACAGAUCUGCGCUGCCUAGAUGCUAACCUACUUUACAUAUAGCUCUGCUCUGCUUGAUUAUUGUUUAUCUUAUUCCAUUUCCCAUUUGUUUGAACAAUUAAAAUAAAAUUCCCUUUCCCUUUGUCUGUUGUGAAAA